CGAUUCUUGUAUAGGAAAUAUUGAAUUUCUAGCAUUUGCUUUGCUUUUUUUAAAUCAUGUUGCGAAGAAGUUUAGUGUCCUUAUGCCGCCAGGGUAGUUCCGCAAAUACCGGCAAUGGUGCGCGCAGUUUGUACUCCGCUUCGGUGCUCGGUUUGGAUGGGUACGAAAAUUACCGAGAGAAAACCCGUACCCAGCACAUGCACAAUGUGGACAACUUCAAGCGGAAGAUGCGAGACUUUGUAGCCGGUUCGGCUUCGAAUAUGAUUUUCACCGAGGACCUGAAGAACAUCAUCCAUCUGGCCGACGAUAGUGCCGGGGAUAAGAAGCUGCUGGUGGACAUGAUCGACAAAUACAACGGCCAAGCCCAGGAACUCCGCUUCGGCAACUACAUCUUCGGCCCGGUAGUGAUGCGUGCGCUGUACCACCUGAAAGAUCCAGCUCUGGCGUUCCAGCUGUUCAAGGAAGAAAAAUACAACGGCUUUUUCGAUCAACUCUCGUCGUAUCAAAUCCUCGGCGAUCUGCUCUACGAGAACGGCCUGUACGGCCAGGUGCGGGAGAUGUUCGAUCUGAUCAAAACGCGUCAGGUUCAAGGUGGCCGUUAUCCGAAACACUCGGUCACGCUUACGUUCGCCGCUUGCUACCGGGAGAACACCGAAGAAUCGUUCCGCUACGCGAUGGACCUGUGGAAGGAACUGAACGCAGUCGGACACAUCCCGAUGAGGAAGGCAACGGCUUUCGCGGCGGCACUGGCUCUGAAGCACAAUCAGCCAGGAAUUACGCUGGAAAUUGUUGGCACCGUCACCAAAGGGAACUACGUUACCAUCCGGCAAUUGAGGAUUCUGGCACUCACCGCCAUGCAACGUUUGGACGAUUUGAUUCCGGUGUUCCGGUCGGUGUUGGAAGUUGGAGGUCCUCUGGAGAAGCGCCAUACAUUCUGUCGCGAGGUGGUUCAAAAAGUGAAAGAUGCCCUAGCAUCGAGCAAGUCCGAAGUGCCGCAGGAUCUGCAGCGAAUGAUAGAAUACCUGGAAGCCAAUGGUCACGUUUCGGAGAAUUCGUUGGACGAGCUGUUGUGUCAGGAGAUUGUGUCUACCGCCCAGCGAAGGGACCCUCCUAGCAAUUUGGCAGAAAGCUACCGUACCCGGGGAGGUUCGCAGCAGUUUAACAAGUUUAAUCCGACGAGGCAACAGAAGUCAAGAUUCGCUCGACCCGGAUUGACGGAGAUGAACUGAGAGUGGUAGCGGCGGAGAUGAGUUAAUGAUUGUAGGUGUUAAAAAAUAUUAUAAAAUAAAAGUAAACA